CGAUGGGCGUCAAACCGUGACACCAAGAGGGAGGAAGACAUCGCCUACUCUUUGUUUGGUAUCUUUGAUGUCAACCUUCUUAUUAUCUACGGAGACAAAAGACAAGGCAUUCGGACGACUCUUGCAGGACAUCAUCGCUUAUUUGGGUGACAUCACAGCCAUAGACUGGGUAGGACAAUUGUCCAACUUCAAUAGUUGUCUCUCAGCCGAAGUCCCCUUACACAAGGCUCUGCCAUAUACGCUACCAUCUCUAUCUGAAUAACACAUACAGAUAUCAGUCUCCACGCUGCGAAACAUUGUGGCUGUGGAGUCAGCUUUGAAUCUGUAUACCCUCCUUGACAAUCUCGGCGUUCCUCGUUUCGCGAACGUCAGACUGUAACUGCCUUGCACCGCAUUUCCAGCUACAAAAGUCAAACGGAGGGUUAGUACACCUUGCACUUAUCAUAUAGAGGCAGACGGACUCCAAGACCUGGAAAUCACAACGGUGGACGUUCAAUUCUGGUCUGGAAAGCCCACCUCACAGAAUUUCUUGCUCAUUCGUCCGUAGAAUUGUCAUGAUCUGGG